AUGGAUGAGUUGUCUUUUCGCUUUGUGGAAAGAGACGGUUUUUUAAAGCAGUUUAUGCAUACGGUUCAGCCACUGUUUAAGAUACCUGGGAGGAGAGGUAUAAGAGAUGAUUGCUUUCAUAUAUUCUUGGAGAAAAAGAUGAAUUUGAUAGAGUUUUUUGAAUCAAAGAGCAAAGGCAGAGUUUCAAUCACCACAGAUACAUGGACUUCUGACAACAACAAAAAUUACAUGUGUGUGACUGCUCACUUUGUUGGAGUUGAUUGGAAGUUGCAGAAGAAGGUUCUCUCCUUUGUUCCCAUCACAAGUCAUACAGGAAAUGAUAUUGCAGAGAAGAUUGCAGAAAUUCUUGAAGAAUGGAAGGUGAAGAAUCUGUUCUGCAUGACCAUGGACAAUGCAUCUAAAAAUGAUAUUGUGAGUGAUUGCAUGAGAAGGAAAUUAAAGGAGUGGGGGUGUGAUUUGAUGGAUGGGAAGUAUCUACAGUUUCGAUGUGUCGCACACAUCAUUAAUAUGAUUGUGCAGGAUAGAUUGAAAGUAAUCGGAGGAGCUGUGGAUAGAAUUUGGGACUAUGUGAAGUGGGUGAUGUCAUCGCCAACUAGGUUGGCAAGGUUCAAGACUGCUAUGCAAUUUCUGGAGUUGGAUUCUUCCAAAUUGGUGUGUUUGGAUGUACCGACCAGGUGGAACUCCACCUAUAUCAUGUUAGAAGCAGCAUAA